AAACCAGGUGGCAGUGUAGUUUUAUCAUCCGGUGGUGCAGUAUAGAUAAAGUUGCAUUUGAGAAGUAUUUUAAAAAUGGCGGCCUCCAUGAUGAAGGUUGCAGCUGCAGGUAUUGUCGGACAUUUUCGUCAUGCAGUACCCACAGUCAGGAGGUUAUCCCUGUCAAAGCCCCUUGCCCAAGUCGUACCAGGUCCCAUGUGGAAGCUGGGCCGGCUGAAUCACAUUGCCAUUGCGGUGCCAGACCUUGAGAAAGCUAUCUCUUUAUACCGCGAUGUACUGGGAGCCCGGGUGAGCGACACCGUGCCUCUGCCGGAUCAUGGUGUCUACACCGUCUUUGUGGAGCUGGGCAACACCAAACUGGAGCUGCUGUACCCCUUGGGAGAAAAGAGCCCCAUUUCAGGUUUCCUGCAGAAGAACAAAGCUGGCGGGAUGCAUCACAUCUGCAUUGAGGUGGAUGACAUAAAGGCAGCUAUAACAGACUUAAAAGCCAAGAAGAUUCGAACCCUUUCAGAAGAACCUCGCAUUGGAGCACAUGGCAAACCAGUGAUGUUCCUUCACCCUAAAGACUGUGAUGGUGUUCUUGUGGAGCUUGAAGAAGCGUGAAGCAGCAGAGUCAAUGAGACAAAGCCCCGUUCUGCUACAGACCCACGGCAUCCAUUCCUACAGAAAACUAACAAAGAAAUAUUAAUUAUGUAGAAUGGUUUUAUACAGGUUUUUGUUUUCCCCCAAACAACAAUGUUCUACGGUUCCAUGCAAUAAUGUAAAAUUAAUAAAUAUUUAAGGUGUCAAUUCA